AUGUCGCAAGGCCAGGACCAAGACAUGUCUGGCGAAGUCGAGGACGCGGAAAGCCGGGCCCGGGCGGUCCUCGAAACGCCGAAGAAGAAGAUUCGUCUUCUGGAGAGGCCCACCCCGGCCACCCCGGCCACCCCGGAAGACGGGAAGGCCGUAGAGGCCAUAGAGGCCGAGCUGCUCCGCGCACAGCAGGAAGUUCCCAUCUUGGGUGGGCUUUUGGCGGAGCUCCUGUGGCGAGGGGGAGAGGAGGAAAAGUACGGAAUGCGAGAUCUUCACUGUUUGCUGUGCACGGGCAAGACUGCCGAGCUGAAGCUGCUGGUGGGAAUCAAAGAGCUCCGCAUGCAGCCGAAUCGCGAUGCAAGUCAAGUUCGAAGCUAUGCAAUGAUGUGCGACGAGGUGCAGGCCUCGCACCACGCUGGCUGGACCUUCAGCCGCAAAUUGCGCUUCUGCACCACUGAAGCUGCGGACCGCCACGCAGCCGAGACCAUUUUGAGACUGCACAGUUUCUGA